CGGGAAUUUAACAACUUGUUUUUAUUCGAUUUUUUUUUUUUUUUUAAUAUUAAACAUGGCAUUAAAUUCAGUUAGUCGAGCAGCUAUGGCUAUUUCUUCAGAUGAAAAUUUUGAUGAAAUAUAUAAAAAGAGGUUUCAAAAGUAUUGUCGAUUAUUGACUAAGGAAAAAGAACUCCUACAUCGUAUGAGCAGCCAUCAGAUUCAAUCUUUGGAAGGAAAUGAAAAUGGAGAUGUAAAUUCAAAAAAACUAAACUACCUUAUUCCACGCUCCCGAAGAACAUCAGAUGGAACAUUAAACAAUAGUCGUAUUAUUCAUCUAGAUUCAAAAAACUUAUCAACUAGUUGUGAAAUUUUAGCUAUAAAACCUGAAGAAAGAUCCGCAUUUAUGAAAAGAAGUUCGUCUGAAGAGAUUUUAUCUUUGAAUUUUCAAAAAAGUUCAACCGGAUUUUUGCAAAACUUUCACACACAACAAAAUUUAAACGCGGCUCCUAAAGAACGCAGUGUUAGUGCCAUUAACUCAUCUUAUUAUAAAAAAGAACCUGUUAUAACUUUGUUAAAUGAUCAUGCAGAUGGACAGGACUUUGAACAGCAAAGAUCAUUUCAAGAGCACAGCUAUAAAGAUGUUACAAAAAUACAUCGCACUCAAAGUUAUGAGCAGCUAUUAGAGGGAACAAAAACGAUGUCACUGGAUAACUCUCGACAGUUAGAAUUCAAAAGUAAUGGGUUGCGUAAGUCAUACUACAACACUUUGGUAACAUCAUCGCAAAGAAACUUACAAGAACAAAACAUUCGAAGUAAUGUGGAAAAGCAGAGAGUCCGCUGCAUAACGCCGAAAUCAGAAAAGCGAUUGGCUGAUGCCAAUAGUAAAUCUGCAAAAAGAGCUGAAGUCUUAAGAAAACUUGAUGAAGAUUUUUCAAAAGCUAAUCGUCUCAUAAAAGUUUUUAAAUCUACUGAAGCAAUCAACACCUGAAAUUUAAAGACAUUAACUUACACAAUGUGUACAAAAUAUUUAUAGAUUUCAAAUCGCGAAAGACAAAGAUAAAUAUAUAAAUGCAUAAAUAAGUUGUGUAGAUUUGUAUGAUAGUAUAAUAUACUAAUGGUAGGAAAUAAAAACACUUUAUCAA